CGGGCGGGAGUGGCGGUCCCGUCCGGGGACGGACGCGCACCGCCCCGAAGCCACCGAGGGGAGGGCACUUAGGCCCUGCGAGCGGCGUCUUGCCGGGCGGCACUAGGACCCCGUGGGGAGCGGCGGAGGCGGAGCGGGCGGCACCAGGACCCGGGGGAACCGCGGCGGGCGGGCGGCGCGCAGGCCCGGGGGCCGGGAGGCGGCGGGCGGCGGCGCUGAGCCCGGCUCGGCGAGGGAGGCCCCGAGAUGCCGAGCAAGAAGAAGAAGUACAACGCGCGGUUCCCACCGGCGCGGAUCAAGAAGAUCAUGCAGACGGACGAAGAGAUUGGGAAGGUGGCGGCGGCUGUACCUGUCAUCAUCUCGCGGGCGCUCGAGCUUUUCCUGGAGUCGCUGUUGAAGAAGGCCUGCCAGGUGACCCAGUCCCGAAACGCCAAGACUAUGACUACGUCCCACCUGAAGCAGUGCAUUGAGCUGGAGCAGCAGUUUGACUUCUUGAAAGACCUGGUGGCGUCCGUGCCUGACAUGCAGGGGGACGGGGAAGACAACCACAUGGAUGGGGACAAGGGUGCUCGCAGAUGGACUGUACCUUCCCGAAGGGGUCGGAAGCCAGGCAACAGCAGCCGGAAGAACGGUGGGAUGGGAAGCAAAGGCAAGGACAAGAAGCUGUCGGGGACAGACUCGGAGCAGGAGGAUGAGUCUGAAGACACAGAUACUGAGGGGGAAGAGGAGACAUCGCAGCCCCCACCCCAGGCCAGCCACCCCCCUGCCCACUUUCAAAGCCCCCCGACACCUUUCAUGCCCUUUGCCUCUACUCUGCCUUUGCCUCCAGCGCCCCCAGGCCCCUCAGCACCUGAUGCAGAGGAUGAAGAGGAUUAUGACUCCUAGCGCCCUCCGCCCCCCAGGCCAUACCCCCUUUUAGUUGCUCUGGGGGGAGGAGAGAAGAUAGAGCUGUUCUUAAAUUUAUUAAGAAAAAAACAAAAUAAAAGGGAAUGUCAAUGUG